AUGGUCAUUGGGUUCUGCAACCGAGGUCGGGGGCGAGGCGACAGUGGAGACCGAGGUCGGGGACGAGGCGACAGUGGGGACCGAGGCCGGGGACGAGGUGAUGUAAGCCGUGGGCGGGGACGAGGCGACGGAAGGGGUUCGCCUUCAACUCGAGGCAGCUAUCCGCCCGCUGGAGGAGGUAGUGUCACUGCGGCAUCAACGAGGGGAGGAAUUCCUGAACAAGGCGAACAUGUAACCGCUGUUGGAGUGAAGCGGCCGAGCUUCGGCACGAGCGGCAGCGAGAUUUUCGUCAAGACGAACCACUUCGAAGUCUCAAUCCCAGAGGGCUACAUCCAUCACUAUGACGAAAUAACCGGAUCCGCGAAGCCUCUCCCUCCGCGCAUGAACAGGGAGAUCGUCCACCGACUCCAAACGCAGAUCGCGCCAGGAACAUUCACCCCCCGCGCAGUGUACGACGGACGCGCGAACUUGUACUCGACAGGUAAACUCGUGUUCGACCCACCCGGAGAGUUCCACGAAUUCAGAUUCUCGCUGGUCGAUCAACCUUCGGCUGGAGAAGCACAGGCCGCGCCUGCGCCUGGAGGUCGACCACCGCGUGCGCCUCGCAUGUACACGGUGGCGCUGCAGCACGUCGCCGAGAUCAAUCCAGAAGUCCUUGCACGCUUCCUGCAGGGCAAGCAGUCGCAAGGGCCGGCCGUCUUGACCGCGAUCACGGCUCUCAACGUCGCCGUGCGGAUGGAGCCGUACAGCAGGUAUCCAUUCAACACACGGUCCUUUUUCACGAACCAAGGCUCCGUCGACAUCGGCAGUGGCAUGCACCUGUGGCGGGGUUACUUCCAGUCGGUGCGCCCCGCAAUCGGGCGCAUGCUCAUCAACGUCGACAUCUCCGCGGCCGUCAUGUAUGCUCCUGGCCCUAUGAUCCAAGUCGCGCUCGCCGCGCUCGGCAGGCAGGGCGCACACGCCCUGGUGCCCGCCCCCGCGGGCGCGCUGACGGACCGAGACCGGGUCACACUAGAGCGGUUCUUCCGCGGGGUGCGCGUUCAGAUCACGGUCCCCCAAGGGCCGCAGGCGCGGCGCCACCCGCGCGUCGUGCAGGGGCUGUCGAGGCUCGGUGCAAACGCGCACACGUUCACGUUGGCUACCGGCCAGGUAAUCUCUGUCGCGCAGCAUUUCCAGAAUGCGCACAACUACACGGUGCAGAACCCCGGGGUACUCUGUGUGCAGAUUGGGACGGGGGUGUUUCCGAUGGAGUGCUGCUUCAUUCCGCCGGGACAGAUCCUGAGAAAGCAGCUGCCGCCAGAGAAGACGGAUCAGAUGGUCAAGUUCUCCACCCAGCCUCCUCAGCAACGUCUUGCGAGUGUUGUGAACGCCCUCGGAGUGUUGGAUUAUGGCCAGUCCGAGUACGUUCGGCAAUUCGGCAUGCACCUUGCCAGCAACGAUCCCCUCACUAUCAAAGGACGCGUUCUCGACCCGCCUACAAUUCUAUACUCCCCAACAAGCAAGAUGCCUUCCACGAAACCCACUGGUGGGCGGUGGAACCUGAUUGACAAACAGUUUUAUCGCCCCAUGCCGGUGAACAGAUGGGCGGUCGUGAUCUACGAGCGCGAGCAACGGUACACGUUACAAGAUGCACGAAUGAUGGUGCAGGGGCUCAUCACAGCCCUUGAAGCUGCUGGCAUGACUGUCGCAGAGAAAGACCCUAUUAUUCGUUACCAUCAAGCCAACGGAUCGAUCUCAGAGCAACUCCACAAGGCGGGGGCUGACUGCGUGGCUAAGAACAAACGCGCGGGCGGCCCCAACCUGAUUGUCGUCGUUCUCCCCCAGUUAUCUGCGGACAUGUACGCGGCGGUGAAGCAUUUCGGUGACUGUAAGCAAGGCGUCGCCACGCAGUGCCUCGCCAGCGCGAAGUGCAAGGGAGCGAAACCGCAAUACUAUGCCAACGUCUCUUUGAAGAUCAAUGUGAAGCUCGGGGGAAUCAACUCGAUCGCAGAUCGACGGUCGGUCCCAGUACUGAACGAUCCCGUCAACCCUACGAUCGUCAUGGGUGCGGACAUCGCUCACCCUGCCACAGGAACCCAGGGCCGCCCGUCCUUCGCCUCGUUGGUUGGAAACAUCGACUCUAAUGUGUCAAAGUACACCGCAGAGUGCCGCGUGCAACGUGAAAGGCAGGAGACAAUUGAUGGUCUGGAGGAGAUGGCGGCAAGCCAGAUCGAAUUCUUCAAGAGCUUCCAGGUGUACGAGAAGAAGACACCCGCGCCGACGCGGCUUAUCUUCUACCGCGACGGCGUCUCCGAGGGAGAAUUCCAACAGGUGCUGGACUACGAACUGCCACAGCUGAAGAGGGCGUGCGAGAGGGCACACGUGAACCCCAAAAUCACUCUGAUAAUCGUCGCAAAAGGCCACCACGUCCGGUUUUUCCCGCGGAGCGAUGCCGGCAGGCACGAGAUGGACGGCAGUGGCAAUUGCCCCGCAGGUCUCGUUGUCGACAACGAUAUCACGCAUCCUCUGGAGUUCGACUUUUACCUCCAAAGCCACCGUGGAUACGGCACAUCGCGCUCUGCGCACUACUCCGUCCUCUACGACGAGAACGGGUUCACGCCGGACAGCAUUCAAUCGCUGUCGUUCGCGCUAUGCCAUGUCUUCGCGCGCGCGACGCUUUCGGUAUCUAUCCCUGCUCCGGUUUACUGUGAGUGCGCGGACUCUUCUCGCUACACGGCGGGGCUGACAAGCAUGACGACGUUCCAGAUGCGGACCUGGUGUCUAUCGCUGGAAGAAUCAGGGACUCUCGGGACCGAGCAGCUGGAAGAGUACCGUGCUGCUUUCAAGCCGUUGCACAGCCGAGCCAGCAAGGUGAUGUACUUCUGCUGA